UUGCUUGAUAGACUAUGCAUAUUAUAAUGGCAAAUGUUAACAUUCAUAAGGUACAUCGUUUAUAUCAUGAUUGCAUUUGGGGCUGUCCUGCAAUACAAAAUGUGGUGGGAUUUUCUCUUUAAACUUGAAUGUGUACUGUACUUUUUUUUUUACCUAAACAUAAAUAUUUUCAUCUUCAGCCAACACAUGCUCAAAAAAUGUGACUGUAUUUCCAGCUUGAAAAGGCAAUUCUAUCCAUUAUCAUCCAUUGUGCUAUGGUACGGGCGCAUGAGUUGUUGGCGUGUUGAAAAUGUGACAUGGGCAUAUGUGAUGUUGCUCCCCCAGACACGAGAAUGUGAAGUUCAAGGUUCCCAUAAUGCCUCACUUUUAGCUGUAAAUACAUGUUCUUAUAUGUUCCAUACUGUACAGCUGUUUGGUUCGUGAACAAGAGUAUGAGAAAUGUUCACCAGUAUUUUUAUGAACCAUCGAUUAUUAGUUUUGAUCCAUGCACAAUACGUGCAUGAGUGACCACCCGGCCUGAGCUCUUGUCAAAUGUCACUCACUGACCCAGGCAUGAUUAGUGGUAACUGCCUUUGGUGGUAAAAGCCAUUUCUCAGUUGAAAUUCUGCCAUCACCAUCUUAUCAAAGUAAAUAAAUUUACAUUGUUUUUGAUGAGUUACUGUUGUCUGCCUACUUAGCUGGGAAAACUAACGCGUUAGAUUAGUUAUUACUGUAAGGCCUGCAUAUUUUGUGUACAUAUUGGACAGUGCGCCAGUGUGUGUGGCGAUGCUCCAGCUGCUUCAGCUUUAUUUUCUAUUCACAGUGCUUGGUUUAUGAUCGCCAUUCAUUGUCGGACUUUCAAGGAUACGUUGGAAGUUCAGCUGCGUUUGAGCAUGGUAGUGUUGAGGAGACGUUGCCGACGUUUCUACCAGACGUCCCGGCUGACACGUUCAUGCGAUACAGUGGAUCACAGUAUUCUGUUGGCUCAUUUGUAGCACCUGCUGGGCAUUGGCGGUAGCACCCUUGCAUCGUUUAGGUUCUAUUUGGCUGACAGAAUAUUUUGUGUUGGCCUUGGUUGCUCUGAGUCAUGAGCUCCCACACUGUUGUGUGGUGUUCCACAGCGUUCAAUUCUAGGGCCUCUGCUGUUCUUAUCUUAUCUUAUCAUUUCCUUCCACUGCUAUGUGGAUGCCUGUCAGAUCUAUGACCUGCUGAGCAAAAAAGACACUUUCUCAUUGAGGCCACUUUUAUCCUGUCUCGAGGAAAUCAAGACCUGGGAUGGCACUGAAUUUCUUGAAUGUCAAAGAAAAGAAGACACAAGUGAUGGUGUUUGGUCCCAGUGGCCCUUGUAUGUCCCAUCCUGUAGACUUGGGCCCCCUGGCUUCGAAUCUUAAACCAACAGUCUCGAACUUGGGUCUUAAACUGGACAGUGAUUUUAAAUUGGACAGGUAAGCUGGUGCUGUUGACAAAUCCAGGUUCUUUCAUUUUAGGCAGUUGGCAAAAGUACAGCCUUUCCUUUCUCAAGAGCACUUUGAAACAUUAAUUCAUGCAUUCAUCACAUCUCGGCUUGAUUACCGGAAUGCACUUUACAUUAUUUUGGAGUCAGCCAAUCCACCAUUAAGUGUCUCCAGUUGUUCCAGGAUGCUGCUGCUCACCUCUUGAUUGGAACUUAUAAGAGGGAGCAAGUAACCCCUACUUUGGCAUCCCUUCACUGGCUUCUUAUAAGUUUUAGUUCUUUUUAAGAUCCAAUUAUUUGUUUUAAAAUAUUGUAUAUAACUAUAAAUGGCCACACCCCACCUUACCUCUCAGAGCUUUUUUACCCCUUCGCACCUGCUCAAUGUCUCAGGUGUGCAGAACAGACACUAUUAGAGGUACCGAAAACAAAUUGUUUUUGUGCUUUCUAGUGUCUUCGAUAUUCAUUUAUUGUUCUAUUGUUUGUUGUAUGAAUUGUUUUUGCUCCAUGUACAGCACUUUGAAUACAGCCGUGGUUGUUUUAAAAUGCUCUAUAAAAACAGUUGUUGAAUUGUGUGUGUGUGUGUGUGUGUGUGGAUAUAUAUAUAUGUGUAUAUACAGUAUAUAUGCACGCAAUGUUUCUAAUGCAGAAUCUUAAACUUGGAUGCAAAUAGUCCAAAAAAACGUCCUUAACAAAUAUUUGCAUUUAAACAAAUAUGUUUUAAAAAGCUCACACUCCACAUCUGCAUUGAUAAAGUAAGGUGGCAUGUUCCAUGCGUACCUGCCCUCCUGACGACGUGGUUAAAGCUCUCACAGAGGCACACCACUCACCAUGGUGCUCAACAUUGGUAUUCAGUUACUGUAGACAAAUACAGCAGAAGAAUAGAACGGCUUGUCUGUGUGUCAGACUGAACAACAUGGACACUGAAUAUUCAAAGAGAGUGUACCAGGGCGUCCGUGUGAAGCACACAGUCAAAGACCUGUUGGCAGAGAAACGAUCCCGACAGACGAACGGGUCAAGAUAUAGUAGUGGUUCAACAACUCCACCUUCUUUUGUUCAGAUGUCAGGGUCUCAUAUGUUACCCAGCUACUACGGUAUGAGGCGUCCUUUCAUAUCGGAUUCGGACUUUGGUCCAUCUACCAAGCAGUUCUCACCAGAUGUGUACCCAUCCACCUUUGGAGGCAGACCACUGGGCUGUGAGACAUCAAGCUUCUCUCUCAUUGACACCUACUACCCUGACAAUUUCAGUGAAUACCGCAACACCACCACCACCUUCUCAGGCUCUGGAGGAUCUUUCCUACCUUCUUCGUCCCUAUCAUCGCUUUUGCCUCCUUUCAGUGGAGAGUCAUCACAUGUAUAUAUGAGAGACUCGUGGGAGCAGUCGGUUCCAGAGCCAGUUCCCCAGGUGGAUGCUCUCUGUCCAGACGACUUGGCUUCUGUCAGCGUCCCAUCAUCUAUGACCGGCCCGGAAUCUCAGGGGAGCCCCUCCCAACCAAGCCAAGGCUCGUCGUCAAUGGGUCAGGGUUCCAGCCAGUCCUACACGCUGCACUCCCUUGAGGAUGUGCAGUACCAACUAUUAACCUCCAGCAACUCCUACACAGCUAUGUCCUCCUCCUUCCCCUGUUCUCCCUACGUGAACAGCGACUUGGCGUCCAAGAUCAUCACAGAGGAGGCAGCAGACGACAACACGAGUCUCCCUUUAAAUAUGGAGGCUCACGCUUCUUGGGAUAAGGAGGACGCCGUGAGCUCCUGGUGUCCCUACGAGCUAAGGAGGACCUACUGACUCCACUCACGUGUCUGAGCUAUGAGUAUUUUUCAGGAGAAAAAGGAUCUGUGACUAAGAUCACAGGGAGGAGUCGAUGGACCUUAAAUCAGUUGGUGUUGAAAAACUCAACAAGCAUUUGGCCGUAGUGGAGAAUCAAAGUCUCCACAAAGUCAAAGGACCACUAAAAACAUGGCCCACUUCAUCUGUAGAGGUUGCAAUUCCACAAAUAAUUCUUAGAACCUAUUUCUUGUGUAGGAUAUUCAACACAAUUUCCAAAAAAGCGACAUUUCAAAUCAUAAGGUUCCCGAUUAUGGGGAUGCUAAUUUGAAACAGGUCUAAAAAUAACCACAUAUUGAAUGUAUCAUAUGAUUCUAUCCUUCCAGUAAAUAAAUGAUUUCUCCUUCUGAGAGGGCGCGCGACAGAAUUUUUUGCCACCCGAGACAAGAUAAGUUAUCUUGGCAUUCUUGUCGCUUGAGUCGUGACUUUCAACUCAUCAAACGUAUUGAAUUGAAGCCGCCCUGCAGCUUUGGCUGGAGUGAUAUUGAACACAACUGUCCACCAUCGACGUCUCCUUUUUCAGAGCAAGAGCCCAAAUGUGUCUUUGUUUGCUCUCGAGCUGCUGCAACUUCACCUGACUUUGAUCACUGAUGAUCAGUGACUUUUUUUUUGUCAUAAAUUUCUGCAUGUUACUGUCUGAGCAGUUUUCUUUUGAUGAUUAUUGAUGUCACCGAAUAUGCAAAUAUAGGUUUGCCGGCUUUUUGGGACUUUUCAAAGACAGAUGUUCAUCAAAAAAUGAGGACUUGUAAUGACAGGCAUUUCAACGCCAGGUGGCACAGUUACUUGAAGUUGCAGAGCAUAGGGAGGAAGGGGGAGACGAUACGGAAGCCCGCAGUAGCGCCAAGUCAAGCAAAUCCCGUUCAAUGCGAUGGAAUAAUGUAUUCUUAAAGUCUGAAAAAAAAUGCAAAAUAUUGCUUUUUUAAAUAAAGAAAUCCAAUUAAUAUUAUGUUGAAUUUAGUUCUCCCUUUUGAUCGGGGCCUCCAUAAUAUUUUCUGGUUCUCAUGUGGCCCUAUGCAAAAAAUAAUUGCCCACCCCUGAUUUAGAUG